AUGCCGGUCAUUGUACCUCUGGCACGUGGCUCGCACCGAAGUCGAUCGUACUCAAAGACUCAGAGAUAUCGUACACGGGCUAAAGUUACGCUGUGGAUUCAGGGACUCAGAGAAAGGGCGGGCGUGGGGCCACGGGCGUGCGUGAGAGACUACUUGUACUUCCCCAACCUGGCGAGUGACGUUGCGGGCGUGCCUUCGGCGCCCACGGAUGGAGGAGUUGGUGUGGGCGGGCGCGUGUGUGGGCGGAGGCUGUCCUAUGUCCACGGCGAUGCGGCUUCGAGACCUGUUACCGGUCGCAUCGCGGGCGAGAUGUACGUGCUGUACGUACGGACAGGCCGCCCCCAAGUGUACAACAGCGUCAGCCACGGCCCAGGCUUCAAGAUGACGUACUUUCAGCGGUCCGUGUGCUCUCUCCCUCGCUGGCCCUCGCUCCUUCCUCGCACGCCCGUCGCCCACGCCCUCGAAGAACCCGACUACGACCCUGGCCCGCUGAUUGAGGAGUCCUACGCCUACGCCCGAGACAGCCAGGGCGGCAGCGACGACGUCCCCUUCUUCGACGACCUCCUUGGGGACAUUCCUGCACCCGACUUCAGUUCUCGCUUCAGCGGUCGUAUCGGAGAGUCCGAGAGUCAGAGCGAGAAUGGGACGACUCCCUCGCACACCGCUACUCGGCCCUCUGGCAGCGACCACGGUGAGGAGACAACGGAAGGUCUAGUUGGAGAUAUCGUGAAGGAGGCGCUGAGGGACACUCUUCCGGAAGUAGGGGCUUCCUUAGGCCUCCUCUUUAGAGCGAAGGAUGGGCCGCCGCCGGGGGCGCUCGCUCGCCCCGCCGGUCAAGAACUAUACCAGGGAGGCCACGUCGCCCGGAGGGCCGACGAACGUUUCCUUCCGGGCGCGAGGAAGGCCGUCGUGAGGAAGGCCGGGGAGACGCCCUACGGAGACAGCUUUGUCGUCUCUCUCUUCUCCGAGUUCCCUGCCGAGGGUUCGGACGCUUCAAGGCUCCGUCCCCGAGCGAGCAAAGAGUCCGAACUCCUAGAUGAGGCAAUGGACAUGUGGGGCGUGACGGGGGAGGAGAAGGAAGGCCCCAAGGCACCAACGCCUCAGAACAGUCAAGCCCGGCAGUCAGCCACUGAGGACAGCCAUGCAACCGUCGGCGAGAAAAACGAUGAUAGAUUUUCACUUGGAGGCAAACGCGAAAGUCAGCAUAAUCUAUCACGUGGCAAUAGUAGGGUUCAAGAAUUCGACAGAGCCUCUGACAACGGGUUAAACUUCUCACGGGCGAGUGACAUAUCGAACAUCGAUAGAGGGGCCGGAGACCCAGAUGAAAACCGAUCUGCUCUCGAUCUUCUCUCCCGGGCGUCCGUUGCCCUCGCCCGGGGAGCUCUGACGCAACGCCGGGUGUCAGGUCCCGAGAAGAAAAGAGGAGGGGAGAAUGCAGCGGAUAGAAGUGAGGGAGAGGAAGAAGAUGAGGAGAAAGAAGGAGUAGAAAGGGAAAAGGGAGAGGAGGGUAUCGAGUCUAUUGUGCCUGAGAUUUCGCCCGGAAUAUCUGACGAAAUCCCUCCCCGACCAAGCUCAUCGGUCUCAUCGAAGGGCAAGGACCGGAUGAGGCCGGACGUGCCGUCUCCCCGCCCCUCAUCCGGCGGCCUGACCCCCUAUCCGGCUGCGAUGAGGCCAGUGGUCAGGCGGGUGGGCGACUCCAAGACGUCUGACACUUUCAUCAUCUCUUGGCUGUUGGGGCUGUCAGCUCCGCCAUCAGUCGAUGGGAAUGUUGACGCCGGCGACACGUCUGCUGGAAGAAUGAUGCGCGGUCCACGUCGUCAGAGGGACACGGACGGAGUUCCCUCUCCCGAAGACUCAACAACGGAUACUGCGUCCUCCGAGGCCGCUAGGAGUGCCAGAUUCUCAGACUUCGUCACUUGGUAUCCUAAAGCAGGCGGUGCCCUGCCCACGGAUGCCCCUGCACAAGCCACCUUCACUCCGAUGGAACUCUACAAGCGUCUUCUACUGGUGAAGACUCCCACGAGAGACCGGCCCUCUGCGACGGACGUCACCAGCAGACCUUAUUACGUCAGACCCAGCACACGAGACGAGGUGGGCACCGCCGCUGACUUCUCAGAUGGCAUCGGUUCUGCGCAGAACGGUUACCGGGACGCAGAGUGGAGCGACCUGGUGACCUGGUAUCCGGAACUGAAUGAGCCCUUUGUGACUUGGUCACACGUGGCUAAUAGACAACGGAGAUCCAAACAAUGA